CCCAUUGUAUCCAGGUGUGUACGGAGCUUAAGGAGUAUUCCUGCAGUUAACGUACCCAAAAACUAAACCGAGUUUACUUCUGUGGACUUUGUUUUCCGUCCAAAGUUCGCUCAAUGCUCAAAAUUAUCUAAUUUGUUUAACACAGUCGAGCACCGGUCAUUGUGGUCUUCGAAUUCGCAAUGUCUUUACUAAGACUCACUAAUGCUCUCCAACGAUUUAGAGUCGGGCACCUAAAUGUCACAUGUGGAGGAUCAAUUAGAAAUGCCGGAACACAAGAAAUGAAACAUACAAAGCUAAAAGUAGUGGACAAUGUAGCCGUUAUCACUUUAGAUUCACCGAACAGCAAGGUGAACACUUUGAAUGCUAACGUAAUGGAUGAGUUCAGUACAUUUUUAAAUGAAUUACAAAAUAAUCAGCAAGUGCAAGCUGCGGUUAUAAUAUCGAACAAACCCGGAUGCUUCAUUGCAGGUGCAGAUAUAACAAUGAUCGCUCAAUGUAAAUCUGCAGCGGAAGUUGCUGCACUAUCCAGGACAGGACAAAAAAUUUUAGGAGCCAUCGAAAAUUCCAAGAAACCCAUUGUUGCAGCUAUACAGGGAUCAUGCCUCGGAGGAGGCUUAGAGACAGCAUUAGCGUGUCAUUACAGAAUUGCCGUUAAGGAUAAGAAAACUAGCUUAGGUCUUCCAGAGGUAAUGCUGGGUCUACUGCCGGGCGCCGGCGGAACUCAACGAUUACAACGUCUCGUUUCUAUUCCAAGCACGUUAGAUCUCGCACUGACCGGCAAGACUGUAAAGGCGGACAGGGCAAAAAAAUUGGGAAUCGUAGAUCUACUAGUGGAUCCGUUGGGUCCCGGUCUGGAUUCGCCCGAAAAACAAACUCAUAAGUAUUUGGAAGAGACUGCCGUACAUGUAGCGAAGCAGCUGGCUUCGGGAAAAUUAAAAGUGGAUAGGCAAAAGAGCUUUACGGACAAAGUAUUACAAUUUGCUCUUCAAUAUGACUGGGUGAGAAAUAAGGUUUUCGGAAAAGCCAAAGAGCAAGUAAUUAAGCUAUCUGGAGGAUUAUAUCCUGCUCCCUUAAAGAUUGUCGAUGUGGUACGCACCGGCUUGGAAAAAGGACCUCAGGCGGGUUACGAUGCAGAGGCGGUGGCAUUCGGAGAUUUGGCAAUGACACCCCAUUCCAAGGGAUUAAUGAGUUUGUUCAAGGGCCAAACGGAAUGUAAAAAGAAUAGAUUCGGCGCCCCUAAGCGACCCAUAAAAAGUAUUGGCGUAGUGGGGGCGGGACUUAUGGGAGCGGGUAUUGCCAACGUUUCCAUUGAUAAGGGAUACCAUGUGAUUUUGAAGGAUACCAAUCAGAACGGACUGAGUCGAGGUAUCGGUCAAAUACAGACUGGAAUCGAAGGAGGAGUGAAACGAAAGCGAUUUACAAGCUUUGAGAGAGAUCAGUAUUUAGCCAACUUGGACCCCACACUCAGCUACAGUCACUUCCGUAAUGUGGAUAUGGUUAUUGAGGCCGUAUUUGAGGACUUAAGCAUUAAGCAUAAUGUCAUAAAGGAACUAGAAGCUGUCGUUCCAUCGCACUGUAUUAUUGCAACAAACACCAGCGCACUGCCAAUCAAAAAAAUUGCAGCCGCAUCAUCAAGGCCUGAGAAAGUGAUCGGUAUGCACUACUUCUCCCCGGUCGACAAGAUGCAACUUUUAGAAGUGAUAACCACUGAUAAAACGAGUCAAGAUACAAUUGCAGCGGCCGUUCAAGUCGGGCUUAAACAAGGCAAAGUCGUGAUUACUGUAGGGGAUGGUCCCGGUUUUUACACGACGCGCAUACUUUCAGUCAUGAUGGCCGAGUGUCUACGUUUACUGCAAGAGGGCGUUGAUCCGAAAAGUCUCGAUCAAUUGACUAAGAAGUUUGGUUUUCCAGUGGGUGCUGCAACGUUACUGGAUGAAGUGGGCAUUGAUGUCGGUGCACAUAUCGCCGCAGAUUUGGGAAAGGCAUUCGGUGAGCGUUUCAGUGGGGGAAACCCCAAUUUCAUCAGGGACGUUGUUCAAGCCGGAUUUUUGGGAAGGAAGAGCGGUAAAGGCAUGUAUAUCUAUGAAAAACAUUCUAAGCAUCGUGAUGUAAAUAAUGAUGUUCUGGAGAUUCUGAAAAGAUAUUCCAUGGAGCCAAAAGGUGCCUUUGAAGACGAUAAUAAAACAUUGCGAAUGGUUUCAAGAUUCGUAAAUGAAGCGGUCUUGUGCUUAGAAGAAAAAAUACUGGCCAACCCACUGGAAGGCGAUGUGGGCGCGGUGUUUGGUUUAGGAUUCCCACCAUUUUCUGGAGGGCCGUUUAGAUGGGUUGAUAGUUAUGGAGCGAAAAAUCUCGUGGAUAAAAUGGAGCAGUAUCAAAGUUUAUACGGAGUAGCUUUUAAACCCGCUCAAACCUUAAUUGAAAUGGCGAAAGACCCCAGCAAGAAGUUUUAUCCUGGAGAGUAAAAAAGUUCUUUAUUUGUGUGUCCAAUUAUAAAUUCAGAUAUUGUAUUUUCAUAUUUAUACUUCAAAUAAAAUUCUAAUUACGUUUGUA